CGCACUCGUAUGCACGUCCCUCCCCCCCCCGGCCGCUUGGACACAUCUGGUCACUGUAUACUGUGGUGUGGUCGCUCGGUAUUGCCCGUGUCGUCGUCUGGCAGGUCUCCGCCCGUCGUUGUCGCCGUCGUUUGUGAGCGUCGCACGCUGUCAGUGUCGUCGCCGCGCCGCCCUUGUCCAGAGGCCGCUGGGUGUCCUGGGGCGGCGUUGUGGACGGGGGCAUCGACGGCCGCCGCCGCCGCGGGCGCCGCGGCGCUCACGGGGGGCUUCCUGUGGCUCGCGCCCUCGCAGCUCGGCCGGAUGCUGGGCGCGCCCGAGGCGCCGCCGCCCCCAGCGCGAGCCUACGGGCCAGAGGAGACUUCUCCGAGUCCGCCUCGUUCGGUGGCUCCAGGCCCGGCUGGGUGUUCAAGCGGGACCGCCUGGGCCUCGGCUAUUACCGCGACGCUGUUAGGAGCAGCGCCGGCGAGUGAGGUCGACAAGCCGCUGCAGAGCGAGGCGGAGACGCUGGACGAGUACCAGGCCGAGGUGGAGCUUCCUCACUCUCUCGACGAAGGACCACGCGUGAGGAGACUAGGCCAGACGAUCGGACUCUACGCGGAGCAGGAGGAAGACGCCUACCAGGAGAUGGAGAAGAAUGUGCGGGCGAUCUGUCCGGGCCUGGAGGAUUUGAAUCUCGUCCCCGACGAGCUGCGUGGCAUCAUCUUCUUGGUGAAUGCGAACUUAGACCCGAGUGAGCGGGCCACGGUGGUGGCAGGACUACACGACUGGAAGAUCGAAUUAGUCAUCGAGAAGCUGAAGUACGUGUGGGCUGACAAGGACCUGCUGGCGAGGGACAGCCUGGAGUUCGACGAGGAGGACCUAGAGGCGCUGGAGGCCUACGCCGUGGACGCGGAGGUGUACGCGCAGGACGCUCGCCGGACCUUCACAGAGGCUAAGAAACUGCUGGCGGAGGCGGCGAAGAACAGGAGCGGCUACUUUCCAGUGGUCGGGAUCGGCCAGAUACCCGAGAAGCAGUUCAAGGAUCAGAAGACGAUCGACGCGGCGAGACCUCCCAAGGGUAAGGGCAAGGGCAUUAAGUGCCUGAUCUGCCAGGGGCCUCAUCGCGCCGUGGACUGUCCCAAGCGAGGCAACACUGGCAACGACGGCAACAACGUGCAGAUGGCAGCCCAGGGCUUCGUGGAUGCCGAAGACGACGACGAGAACAAUUACGGCAAUGAGGGCAACGCUCCUGAGGAGGGUCAAGCUGGUUGGGUACACGAGGAGAUGAUCGGAUACGCCAUCAUCGACAUGGGAGCCUCGAAGAGCAUGAUCGGGAUCGACCUGGCUGCAGCCAUCCAGGGCGCCAUCAUCGAGGAGACGGGCGAGGACCAUGUCACCAUGGACUACGCGAAGAAGACGAGGGCCACGUAUGCGGGCGGCGAGAAGGGCCAGUCCAUCGGCAAGUUCGGCUUCGAGCACCCGGUGGCGCUGGUCGAGGGCGACAACAAGCUUUGGUUCGACCUGGUCGAGACGAAGUCCCCGAUGUUUCUGGGUCUGGACUACCUGGAGAAGGCUGGGGCAGAUCUGAUCAAGGAGAGGUCCGCCCUGGUCUUCGCCGACGGCCGCGAGGAGAACCUGACGAUGUGGAGAUGGAACCUCUGGAAGAGGGAGACGAAGAGCAACUACCUGCGGACGAAGGGCCGGGGAGCGAAGGGGCUCGCGACGCUGAACCGGAUCAAGAAAUGGCACCUCGCUCCAGGCGCGCUCCUGGCGGCCGUCGUUUUCGAAAGGUGCGGCCAGACGGUGGCCAGGACCCCGCUGCUGGCGGCGGCCCUCAGCGGGGGCGACGACCCGUUCGUCGCGGCCCUCCUCACGCUGAGCGACGCGUGGCAGCUGGUCUGCAGUGCCAGCGGGGGGGAGUCCCAGGCGGCGGGGAUCUGGUCGAAGGUGGCCUGGGGAGAGCCGCCGCAUCAGGCCGGGCACGGCCAGCCGGGGAGGCGUUGCCGCGCCAGCGGCGGCGAGGGCGGGGCCGCGGAGUGCUUCGCGGGCGCUGACGCAGGUGCCGCGGCCACCAGCGGCGGAGCCGCUUGCGCGCCCCCCGCCCGCUGGCCGGAGUCUGAGAGCGACGACGACGAGAGUGCGUGCCCGAGGCUGCCGGCGGCGUCCCGCUGGAAGGAGGGGCCGCGCCCCCCGCCCGGGCCGACGAGGGUCCAGCUCACGGUGCCAGCCUGGAGAGAGGCCGACUUGCCCCGCCCGCGGGGCUGA